AUGAAUAAUGGAAAAUGUAGUAAGAAAUACCCUCACAAAUUGGUCAAGGAUACUCAAACUGGAGAUGAUGGUUAUCCGACUUACCGACGGAGAUCACCAAAUGAUGGAGGUUAUACUGCAAUAUUAAAAGUUCGUGGUAAAACAGAAAUCGUGGUUGACAACCGUUGGGCUGUACCGUAUUGUCCAGUGCUAUCUAGGUGCUUUAAUGCGCAUAUUAACGUAGAAUACUGUCAUUCGGUUAAAGCGAUAAAAUACAUAUGUAAAUAUAUUAAUAAAGGAUCAGAUAGAGCUACUUUUUCUGUUAAUCGUGAAAACGAUGAGAUUACAAAUUAUUUGAAUGGUCAAUACAUAUGUACUUCUGAAGCGUUUUGGAGAAUUUUCAAUUUUGAAAUCCAUGAUAGAGAUCCGACAGUUCAGCACUUGGCUGUUCAUCUAGAAAAUGGACAGCGUGUUUUCUUUAAUGCUAAUAAUCUUCAUCAUGUUAUUGAAAAUCCAAGAAAAACGACACUAACUGCAUUUUUUGAACUGUGUUCACAUGAUGAUUUUGCGAAAACACUGUUCUAUCAUGAAGUUCCUUCUUAUUACACCUGGGAUAAUAGCAGAGGCUGGUUAAAGAGAAGACGGGGAAAAGAUGUUCCAGGUUGGCCAGGAAUAAAAAUGGACACUGCCAUUGGUAGAAUUUACACAAUUCACCCAAAUCAAAAAAAUGACGAGCAAUGGAAAAAUACUCUAGCGGAGGCAACUCUUUCAGAAUGUCCUUCAAAAUUAAGAGAAUUAUUCGCAAUAAUCAUAGUUUUCUGCCAACCGUCUGAACCUCAAUCUUUGUGGGAACAGUUCAGAAAUGAUUUUUGUGAUGAUAUUCUUGAUACAGAGCGCACUCGAUUAAAUGACUUGCAAUUUACUUUUUCUGAUGAAAUAUUUAAUAGAGGUUUGAUUGAAAUAGAAGAUAAAGUUGUUUGUCUGUCUGAAAAAUAUUUAACUGAAUUUGGAAUGAACUCACCUGUUCGAAAUGAAAAUGCAUCUGAUCCUUUUGAAUUCUCAAUUUUGCGUUCUUACGAUAAUAACCGAUUACAAGAAUUUAAAGCAUCCUCAGGUAAAGUUGCAUUAGCAGUAGCUUCAUCUGGUAUAGCAGCAACUCUCCUUAGUGGCGGCAGAACUGCUCACUCGACUUUCAAGUUACCGUUAAAUGUAUUAUUUGAUACAGAAUACGUUUGUCCGAUUCGUAAAAAUGGCCCUCUUGGAAAAAUUCUUCAAGAAACCUCAUUCGUUGUGUGGGAUGAGUGUACAAUGAGUCACAGAUCACAUAUCGAAGCAAUUGAUCGAACAUUAAAAGAUCUUAGGUGUAAUAAUAAGUUUAUGGGUGGCAUAACAUUUGUUUUCGCUGGUGAUUUCCGUCAAACCUUACCAGUAAUCCCUAAAGGUACUCGAGCUGAUGUCGUUAAUGCUUGCUUAAAAUCUUCCCCUAUAUGGAACUAUGUUGAAAAACUUUAUUUGCGAACAAACAUGAGAGUUUAUUUAUGCGGAGGGGACGAUAUUUUUCCAAAACAGUUGUUGAAAAUUGGAAAUGAAACUUUAGAAAAUGAAAAUGGUUACAUUUCUAUCAAUCACACGAUUGGACGGGUGGUCAAUAACGUGGAAGAGUUGAUUUCUACAGUUUAUCCUGACAUUUUUAAUCUGUCCAAUAAAUCUUAUCAGUGGUUAUGUAAAAGAGCUAUUAUCUCUCCAAGAAAUGUAACAGCAGAAGAAAUUAAUGAUAUCAUCCUUCUAAAAUUCGAUGGACACUCACGUGAAUAUCUAUCUAUUAAUACAGUUACAUCAACAGAUGAUGCUAUUCAUUAUCCACAAGAAUUUCUCAAUUCUCUUUCUCCUUCGGGAUUUCCUCCUCAUAAACUAAAAUUAAAAAUUGGUGCUCCAAUUACAUUAUUACGUAAUCUUCAACCACCGAACUUAUGUAACGGUACAAGAUUACAAAUAAAAUCGUUGCGAAAUAAUAUUAUAGAAGCCGUAAUUCUUACUGGGCCAGCGAAAGGAGAAAUUGCAUUUAUUCCAAGAAUUCCCAUGAUUCCCUCUGACUUGCCGUUUUCUUUCAAACGGCUUCAAUUCCCGGUUAAAGUUUCUUUUGCGAUUACCAUAAACAAAGCACAAGGUCAAACAUUCAAGUACGUUGGCGUAGAUCUUCGUACAGAGUGCUUUUCACAUGGGCAAUUAUACGUGGCAUUAUCUCGAACUGGAGACCCGAAUCAUCUUAUGAUUUUAAUUUCAACAGGAAAUAUAACAAAAAACAUCAUAUACUCAGAAGUCUUAUAA